AUGUUUUCCAGCCUCGGGACCAAGCUCGCUCUCAAGAAGCUAGGCGUGCCCAAGGAUGUCACCAACAUGGGUUCGCCCUUUGGCGGCGGGAAUGACGAGCCGAAGAAGUCCAAGAAGAACCAGAGGAGCCUCACGGCUGAUGAGCUAGAUGAGGCUGAAGGCACCAACUGGCCAAAAUGGAUGACCGUCAAGAACUUGCCUCUGACGGUCCAGCCAUGGCUCUCGCCUCCCCCACCCCCAGUGCCCGUCGCAGCUGAAUGCCCUGGGGUCGGCAGUCUGGCACCGAUAGAUCGCGACAGGAAAUUGGCGCUCGGGAACAACGGAAGGAAGGUGCUUGUCGUCUUUCUGCGCUGUGUGGGCUGUGCAUUUGCUCAAAAGAACUUCCUCGCGCUGCGCGACCUCGCAAAUAGAUCCCAGGUCACUUGCAUCGCCGUGUCCCACGCGUCACCCGCUGCCACCAGCAAGUGGAUCGACCUGAUGGGCGGUGCGUGGAAGGUUCAGGUCAUCAUCGACGAGGACCGGGCGAUAUACGCCGCCUGGGGCCUGGGCCUGUCGACGGUGUGGUCCUACUUCAACCCGACCACGCAGACGGCCGCUUGGAAGGAGAAGGGCUGGCUGGGUAGCACGGUAGCGACGAGCAUCAACCGGAAGAUGGGAAUGAGGGGGAACGGGGGUAUGGACCUCGGGGCAGCGGACGCUGGCGGAGGAGCCGCCGAGGCGGAGGGUCCAGGGACAAUCAUGGGCAACAAGUGGCAGCAGGGCGGAGCUUUCGCCGUUGAUGAGAGGGGGACAGUGGUCUGGGGAGGGAAGGCUGAGAGGGCGGAUGAGGUCGCGGACCUUGCGGCUGGCAUCCGGGCGUUGGGCUUGUAA